GCAAGAAGUGCCAAAGAUAAUAGCUGAAGUCAUCAAUUGCCCUCCUGCUGACCUAAACCCCCUGGUGUCGCAUGUGAUUCCGCCAAUCGCUCCACUUUUCGGUGUGCUUGGCAUUGCCGUUCGCAAAUUACAGAAAGGAGAGAAGUGUAUAUCAUCCGCGCCUGCCCGCAGCCUUUUCUUUCUCAGUCUCUACACUACAUAUUGAUGCUCACAUCAUAACCUCGCACGCUCACAAGUUCACUUUAUUGGGUUCUCGAGCGCUCGCACAAUGUCGGAACCGUUUCCUGCCCUAAACGGCGCGCAGACAAGACACAGCGGCGGACAUGGCACAGCGCGGCGGAGAAGAAGGUCUAGCGGACUAGGUGCAGAUUUACCAGGCGAUGUCGAUGUACCGUCUUUUGCCACCAACAGGAGGGCAACACCACCGCUGAACAGCCCAAGGAUGGUGGAUGGAUCGUCAGACAAGGGCCCCCGCCGCUCGAAACGUCGGACUGUACGCCGCGUCCUCUCCAAGUUCAAGCGACAAUGCAUACGGCACACAUGGCUCCUUCCCAUCAUCCUGGUGCUUACGAUCGUCUCCCUCUAUCUGGUCUAUCCAUACCCCUCGAAUCCGAUAUCUGCCUGCCUCUUCAUUUCGUACCCGCUCGCGCGUAAAGACCCCCUCAUUGCGGCCUCUGUCCGAGCCGACCCCACGGCGCCCAUCCAAUAUGGCAAAGGCGCACGCGACUUCGCUUUCGUCGGCUUCUACAUCGUGGUGUUGAGCUUCACACGCGAGUUCUGCAUGCAGAGACUCAUUCGCCCCAUCGCAAUAUACUACGGCAUCAAAAGCCGGGCGAAGCAGUCGCGGUUCAUGGAGCAAGCCUACACCGCCCUUUAUUUUGCCAUCUACGGUCCUUUUGGCCUCUGGGUUAUGGCGCGGACACCCGUGUGGUACUUCAAUACAACGGGCAUGUACCAAGACUUCCCGCAUCGGACGCAUGACGCCUUUUUCAAGGCCUACUAUCUCCUGCAGGCGAGCUACUGGGCGCAGCAGGCUAUUGUGCUACUUCUGAUGCUGGAGAAGCCGAGGAAGGAUUUCAAGGAGUUGGUUGCGCAUCACAUCAUCACCGUUAGCUUGAUCUGGCUGAGCUACCGGUUCCACUUCACGUACAUGGGUAUUGCCGUGUACAUUACGCACGAUAUCUCGGAUUUCUUCUUGGCUACGUCCAAAAUCCUCAACUACGUCGACUCACCCAUCGUAGGCCCCUACUUUUUCAUGUUCAUGUGCAUCUGGGGUUACAUGCGCCAUUUCCUCAACCUCAAGAUCCUCUACUCUAUCCUCACUACGUUCAAAACCGUCGGCCCCUAUGAGCUCAAUUGGGCGACGCAACAAUACAAGUGCUGGAUCUCACAAUUCAUUACCUUCGGUCUCCUCGCAUCGUUGCAAGCGGUAAAUCUGGUCUGGUGGUUCUUUAUUUGCCGCAUUGCGUAUCGGUUUGUAGUCUUCAGUACAGCAGAUGAUGAUCGCAGUGAGUAUGAGCCCACUGACGAAGAAGUCGAGGAGAGGGAGGAGGAGCUGAAAGAGGAAAUCAAUGGCGUGGCGAAUGGCGUACACAAGUCGCUUGCUGAAGCGCCAAGUACCCCAGAGCAAGCAACAAAGGCGGGGGAGCAGGAGACGAUUGGGUCGAGAGUCAAGCAGCGGAAGGGUGUUGGAAAGUCAUAACCAGACUAAUCCGGCAGUCUGAUAUGAGUCAAUGGCAACCCACUUGGGUUAAUGGGGUCUUUGGAUGUGGCAUAUGGAUGCGGUCGCUCAUGACCUGACUGCGCUCUUAUGAGCUGAUUACUUGUACAGAUAGAAACGACGCUCGCUUCGAUCUUGGGAGAGAUGACACCUUUCUCAACUUCGUAUUGUAAGUUAAAGAUGCGUAGAUAUAAAGAAAAAUACCAUGUCAGAUGACGCUUUCCAAGUACCGACCACAGAAGAUUGUCUGAACGGAGCCAUAGGAGGGCGAGGAGGU